UUCGGUUAAUCUAAAUAAUUGACCGGGUUAAUCGAUAUCCAAAAUUUAUGAAAAACUGAUAAACAAACUUGAAUCAAUAUCCGAAAUUUUUGGUUAUUGGAUAACCAAAUGCGAACGGUUCUAUUUGGUUAUUGGAUUAUCCAAAAUCCGAUAUCCAUUUAGACAGCCGUAGACACCAUGUUGAGAUAUGCGAGGUUUAUAUAACAUAUUAUUUUUUUGAAAAAAAAAAAGAUUCUUAUUUUUUAUGUUGGGGCAAUGUGAGUUGUGUGACUUGAUCCCUAUAGCUAUAUGUUAAUACAAAAGGUAUGGAUGUUAUCGAAGAGACAAUAAUAUAUAGAUUCUGAAUAAACAGAAAAGCAGCAGAAUAAUUUUAUUUGAGAUGAAGGGGAAGAAGCGAAGAGGAAAAUUCCAAAAGUGGGCACAGGAUCCUCGUCAAUUCCGUCAUGGGACUGGCUGAAAAGAAAUGCCACGCAAUUGAUACCGCGCAUCAUCUUUCCUUUUCGCAUGAUUUCCUUACCACCCUCUCCAGAGCAGCAGCAGCAGUGAUGGCUAUGCUACACAGAAUAAUUAUUUCUGUGAGUGUGAUUGUUUUGUGUUGGACGACGGCGUCGGGCUCCAUUCAUGAGCUGCUGAGAAGCAGAGGGUUGCCGGCGGGGCUAUUUCCGAAGAACGGCGUGAAAUCUUAUGAACUGAGUGAAGAUGGGUUGCUGCAGGUGUUCCUGGAGAGCCCCUGCGUGGCCAAACUGGAGACGAGGAUAUCGUUCGAGAGCGUGGUGAGAGCGAAUCUUAGCUACGGCGGGUUGAUGGGAGUCGAGGGAUUGUCUCAAGAAGAGCUCUUUCUCUGGCUGCCUGUCAAGGAUAUCAUCGUCUACGAUCCUUCCUCCGGCCUCAUCUUGUUCGAUAUCGGCCUCGCUCACAAACAGAUGUCUCUCUCUCUCUUUGAAGAUCCUCCUCUUUGCUAUCCUCGAUUUGGGUUGAUGGACCGCCGCUCUGGGUUUCGAGUCCAGAGAUGAAUGUCUCAUUUCUUUCCCCCCUGUUUUGGCGUUGUUCGAAUUGAAGACUGCGUUUUCUAAUAUACGUACGUCUUUGUAGAAUUGUAAAAACAUGGAUGAUGCUAACUGCACAUUUUUUUGAGUUGAAUGAAAAGAUUCUGGCUCUGAUUUUCAUCUA